AAAAAAAGGAAGAAGACCUAAUAUAUUUUCCCAACAUUCUUAUUGUGGUUCGAUCCUCGAACUCAACACGCUGAACGCGGAGAGAUUACGGCAGUGUACGGGACUCGCGGUAAUGGUGGCGCGUCCAUGGAUACCCAUGACGAGACUUGUAGGUCAGGCACCCUGAUUGAAAUAAGUGUGGUCAAUAGGAGUCUACAUGCUUUUACACAGAUGGUACACACUCCUGGAAAAUGUACAUACGGAUAACAUGAUACCACGGGCUUACUCUAAUAACAAGAUUUCAAGAUGGCGUCUGGCGGCUUGAUAACACAAAGAAUGGAAAACACGCUUUCCGUCCAGGACCACUUGAAGGUUCAUGGUACCGGCAUCACCCCUCGACCAGAUUCAAGAGCAGCUGAUAAUGGGAGUGCCAGUAGUGUUGACGUCACUUCCGCUUCCUCAUCAAGGCCGUCGUCUGCUUCUCUUGAAAUGGCGCCAGGUGAUGCGUUCAACGUGUUACAGAGUGUUAUCACCAUGAACAAGGCACUCGAGGGACAAAUUGAUGCCUUAAGACUACGGCUGGAUGUUGAGGCCAAGCAUCAUACCACAGAGAACGAAAGAAUCGUCAAAGAAAAGACUCGAGAAAUUGAGAAGAAGGAAGACGAGAUAGGUAGCUUAAAGGACUCCUUGAUCAACAGAGAUGAAAGGAUAGGCGUUUUGGUCAAAUGUAGUGGUGAAAAGGAUAAGAUUAUAAAGGAAAAAUCAGGGGAGUUGAAUGAGCUCAAGAAGCUUGUGAAACAAACCGAGGAGUAUGCUGGGAAACUAUUCAAACAGGUCAGUAGGCUGCGUGACGACAAGCGGCACCUAGAAUCAGAUACUUUGUAUAAAGAACAAAACAAUGAGAUACAUAAGUUACGCGAGGAGCUGAAAGAGUUGAAAGACAAGUGUGCCACCAUGGAGACGGAACUGGAACGUGCCAAAAACAUCAUCACUCAACAGAAUAUGAAACUCGCCCAGUUUGAAGGGGAGAAGAACGAGAUGGUGAGGAACUUCAAGGAGGAACUGGACAAGGCAUCCAGGGCCAUGAGACAAGAGGUAGAGAGGAUGAGGGAGGUCAUGAACCAGAACUAUGAGGAGAUGAGGAACUUACGGGAGCAGAACAGAGAAAUGCAUAGUGAUGUGAAAGAUAUCAAGGACCUCAUCAUGAAGGGGAAGACGCCAAGGGAAGACGUGGAGGAGGAAGCUACUCCAGCAAAGCCAUCCACCAACAACAUCAACAUGAGUACGUAUAUCUUAGCUCCUUCCAAAACCCCAAAUCCCCCGAAAAGAGGACAGAGUCCCAAUCCUCCAAGAAGAACUCUGGAUCAUCUUAAUCAAAACGUUUCCCGGCCCCAGGCAAGCCCCAGCCCGUUAAUCCGGUCGAACAGUAGAGCCGCCAUGGCCUCCAGAACCUCCCACAUCCGGGCAUCACAGGGUGGGGUGGGUAGGUCUUCCGGGUCGGUGGCCAGUAGCAAUGCUAGUCAAGCUGGACUUCCGCCGAUACGUUACGGCCUAAAGGAGACCACGAGGUGGCAAUCUGCCGCCAUUCCAGAGAGAGCGUCUAACAUAAGAUUAGGGGCAAAAUCAGCAAAGAGGGGUUCAGCUGUGACCAGGAAAUGACCUCUGUAGAAAGACGUUUAGAUUAACUCUGUUUUGUUGGUUACGAUAUGUUGUUGAGAAAGUUGUGAUACGCUUUAAACACUGACUGUCCUACAGUUAAUGGUGCAGAAAAUCGGAUCCGAAUUCAUAUACACAUUUACUACGUAUAUUGCAUCAGGAAUAUAAGUCACACUGCACCAAGAAUAUGUGUCAGGAAUCAGGGAUGUGUGUGUCACUGCAUCAGGAACACCAGUCUAAUGUCAACGUCCUUGAGUGCAUCGUUCGCGUAGCAACCUUCUUAACUGAGGCUACUAAGCUGUAGAAAGUUACGUAUGAUUUUAGGAGGUGUUCCAUCAGUGUUAAUGAAAAGUAUUCCUUUCAUUUCUUGAAUGGCAUUAGGAUCCCUUUCAAUGGAGUACAUUAGUCAUCAAGGUAUUGUUGAACGCAUUGCCUUGAUAGGUGAACUUCAGAAAGUAGUCUUUCAUCCACGGAUGGAUAAUGUGACCUGUCUUAGUGACAGUGACAUGUCUUAGUAACAGUGACCUGUUUUGUUCAAAUGACAAUGUCGAGUUGGUCACUGAAUAAUGAAUAAAGUGUUGUCAUGUCCCUGCUGUCUGCAUGGGCUUCUUCGCUUGCCGAGGGAAUGUAGACUCGUCUCUCUGUGACAAUGUGAAACAUACCACCGAGUCUCCAAAGACAUAUUUCCGACCUUGCUUUUUUAUUUUGGGCUUAGUUUUGGUGUGUCAAGUGCUUAUUCAUGUGGUGACCAAAGUGGGCCUGGGUAAAAGAAGGGUGCUUAGCUGCUUGUGUUAUGUCAACAUUGAACAUAGAUACACAGAAACCUCGUUAGACCGGAUCCUGGUAAUCUGCAAACCACGUCUCGACAGCAUAGAAUUGCUUUUCGACAAUUUAAGUCUGCAACAACAUAUACGACCGCGAGUGCGACAUCACGUACGGUCAACGGAGACUCGAUCACUUGUAAACACAUUCAUUUACGCAACACAUUGUACACUGUAGGUAUACGUGUAUUAUGUUAUUGAAUCUUGAACGAAACCCGUGUAACACGGUAUAAUGUACAGUGGGAUGUCCACCCAACCUAAAGUAUCGGAGUAAACUGUAAUGGGGGAAGGCCAGCGGGAGCAGAACCCGGAUCUCACCACAACACUCUCUCAACAUCCCGCGUAUUCUGGUAGGCAUCCAGUCUUCUGUAUGUGGAGGCAUUAUGACGGUCUGUGAUAUAUUUAUGUUGUAAAGCUUGUACCAAACUAUUUAAACAAUCGUUGCUAUUUAGUAUAGACGUUGCAUAAUUAUUAUCUUCAACACUGAUUUAAAACGCCUCAUUGCAGUCACACCCGCACAUUCAAGAGCACGCUUGGUGUCAAUGUCAGCAAGCGCGAUGGGGUAGCCUAGUGGUUAAAGCGUUCGAUCGUCACUCGGAAGGCUCGGUCCGAUCGUUCACAUCGUGAACUAGUUUACUAUAGUACUCAAAAGAAGUUAAGGGACACCCGAUAUGUUCUUAUAUGACUAUAGCUGGGGAUGAACAUUUGAUGGAGGGGGCUGGGAUAUUAUCGAAAACAAUAAAUUGUCGCCGAAAAUUGUUAUAAAACAUAAUUAUGCUUCAGACCGUUGAAAAGAAAAUUGCUUACCACAACAAUUGCAUAGCUGCAAGAUGCUAUUCUUAAAACAAAAUUCAGGCUUAUAGUAUUAAAUAGAAAUAUAUCUGAUUUUGUAGUUGCCGAUGAAAAUAUCUAAUCUGGUACAAUAUCCUAGCCAGAAUAUCAAACGGUCGGUCCUUCUUUGUCAUACACAAAGUAGUAGUAUUCAGCUUCAUGUCAACAUAGGUUAGGUCGCAUUUCGAUAAAUUGUCUCUGGGAAUCGCAUAUUAGGUCUGAUCCCGGUAUCCUUAUCUAAUGUUGAGAGGUAUAUUUCCUGAAGAUUUUGAAGUUUGGGAAUAUGUGUAUUUAUAGACCAUAACUUAUUUCUAGGAGCAUAUGCCUUUGGUUAACAUGUUGUUUCGACACGUCUCACGUUCCGGUGAGGAGUAAGGAAUAAGUGUUGUUUAUCAAUAUUAACCAAUGAGGAGCACGGUUCCAAAUCGUGACCGUAAAAAUGAAAGCAUGGACUUUAUUUUAAAGUCAGAACUUUGUAUGAGUGAUUAUGCUGGUGCUCUUUGCAUUCACGUAUUUGCCUAUAUGAUCAAACAAGUCUGUAUGUAUAUUUUAUAAAUAAUAAA